AUGCUGUGGCCUGUGGAGAUCUUCUGCGCCAGGAGCGAGUUUGACAUGGGGUGAGUGCAAUAAAAAGAUGAUUGGAAUAUUUUCAGAAUCGCCCGAGCAGCCCCGAGCUGGAAUCCAGAUGUUCAAGGGAGGACGACGAAGGUCAUAAAAUCAGAUGUGACCCGAUUGUCUCCCCCUACCACACCCACAACCCCUCCCUUACCCCCUAUUGAUCCAGAUGAAGAGUUCUCGGGAGGGGGGAAUCUGAUCGUAGGGAAGACUGACCCGGUGAAUCUGCUGACCACAACAUCUCCACCCAUCGUAAUUCCAAGUGAUAUUGUAGUUGAUACCAACGAUAUUGAAGCGAUUGACAAAAGUAGGUCACCAAGCAAAACAUAUGUAUUAAUUGGGAAUUCUUAGAUGAUGAUGAUUACAAGAUCCCCUCAGUGUUUGUGGUAAUCACCGAUGACCCAUUAAACGUGGCCCCCACACGACCCACGCCCAGAUUAAUUCCUCCGCCCAUUAAACAAUUUACUCCAUCAUCUCCAUCCCGACCUCAAGGCCGACCACCAGAGCCUUCCAUUCAUGUAGCCAGACCUGUCAUAACAAGGAUUAAACCCUAUGGAAAUCGAGAUGAAAGGCAAAGGCCUCCUCCUCAAGUCUUUAUCCCUAAGCCAACAUUCACCCCAAGAUCUUUAAAUCUUCAAGAGAUUCAAAAUCUGGAAGAUACUACAACAAUAGAGCCACCGAUUGUAAUAACUCCUCAGCCGUCCACUGGUACAACGGAAACUGUGAGAAAAAAGAUGUCUGGCCAAUUCCCGACAAGAAGACCCAAGGCCGCUCCACCUCCGUCAAGGCCAACGUAAGUUGGCUAAAAAUUAUUUUAUCUGUCCUCUGACACAAUCAACCAUCCAAAUUUUUAGCGAAUUCCGUCCAGUACCGCCAGAGGCAAUCUUCUUCCAUGGCGGCCAAUUCUACAGUCGACUUCCCGAGAGGAGCAUCAGAUAUGUCCCUGUUCACUACCGUAUCCCUGUGUUCAGACCCCCUCCUCUUUACAACUACAAUUACUACGAGCCAAUCCCUGUAAGCUAUCUUCCUCGAGGUCAAUCACGACCGAGACGGCGCUACAGAACACCACCCGGAAACAUUUAUCGCAAUCAAAUUCAACGACCUUAUCGAAAUUCGCGAUCUCUUCAUCGAGGCGCUGUGAAAUAA